UUUCACUGAUACCCUUCCAAGGUCAACAGCAGUGUGAUAAGGCAGACGCAUGUAUUGUUUGUGUAUUGUUUAAUAGUUCUUGUACAUAUUCGGCGAAAAGGAAAAAAAGCGGUUUUGAUAAUUUGAUUUGAGAAGUUAUCAUGGCUCUACGUUACCCUACGUCAAUGCAGGCACACCAUUUCGUCACACAUAGUCCCCCUGUUCCGUUUGUGCACAGUUUUGGACAACUAACCUCGGGUAAACUUAUUCAAAUAGAUGGCAUCCCUCAUACAAACCCUAGCAGGUUUACAAUAUACAUCCAACAAGGUGGUGGCCGAGAACCUUACGAGAUUGCAAUGUGUUUUGAUGCUAGGUUCAGCUUCAGCGCAGAUAAACAUGUAAUUGUACGUAACCACAAGCAGGGUGGUUGGGGAAGAGAAGAAAGGGACAUUCCGUUCUUUCCGUUUUACCAAGGCGUACCAUUUAGUAUUAUACUACUGUUUGAACCCAGCUGUUUCAAGGUUGCUGUGAACAACAACCAUUUCCUGGAAUUCAAGCACCGAUUUCAUCCAAUGGAACAUAUUAAUACGCUCCGCAUAGAUGGUGACGUGCAGCUUUCACAAGUGGUUAUUCAGUGACAAAGGAUGUAGAUAGAAAGAGAUUGAGAUUCGAAACUAAACAGCAGCAAGCGAUUUUGUACAUUUAAUUGAGAAUGUGUUUGAUUGUUUAAAUGUAGUAUUCUUGUUUGAAGAACAAACUGUUUUCAUAGACAAUAUCUGAUAAUACAUAAUAUAUAAGUAAUUAAUGCAAAUAUAUUCCGUUAAAUUACCCCUGUGUUCUUCCGAGCCCAAAUACCCUAUAUAAAUUAUACCAUCAGAUGAAGAGGUCCAAAUAUUUUAAGUGCCAUAUGCAUAUGUAUGUAUGUCUAAAAUUCACAACGCAUGCAUGAUGAUAACGGUCAUUAUUCAACUUUUUGAUUAGUCUGAUUCUUUAUAAUGGUCAUUUACAGUUAUGUGUUUGCUUUGCGUGUGUGUGUGGUGUGCGUGUGUUGAUCGUGUGCGCGUUUGGGGAGGUUGCGUUUUUUGAACGUGGCAUUCCCUGUUGAAUAUUUGUCCUUGUUUUUACAACAUGCAAUUACCACGCGCUAUAAUCAAGAACAAGAAAAUUGUCAAAAUUUCUGCAAUAUCUUAAAACACUCGAAAGGAUUUCAUUCUAUAAGAUCAAGUCAAAUUAGCUUUUGCUGUCAAUCAGUAUUUUGACACAGAGCGACUGUCACUCGUCUGUCCAUUGUUUUUACUCAGUGCAGGUGCAUAUACAAAUCUCGAACAUUCCAGUGGGUGCUGACUUACAGAGGACGUAAUAUUCAACACACAAUUUCUUUCAAAGUAAAAGUAUGUAUAUCUUGUAGACAAUAGAUUUAUGAUAUUGACAUGACUAUAUGUAAAUCGAAUACAAUGUAUUUUGAGUAUUUGUAACGUGGAUGUUACUUGUAUCUUACAAACAUAAGGAACACAAAACAAGAGCAAUACAUAUUCCUGAAGGAAAUUCUUAAAAAUAGUUUCAUUUUAAUCAAUUUUCUUUGUGUCUGUGUAUACAUGUAAUAUACUAUUAAGACUCCAAUGAGCCUAAAACCGGGUAUGCAUUCAUUGGAAACGUGCAAAUAAAUACAAAUUUGCUA